CUCACGCCCGUUGUCGUUUUCGCUGGAACAAAAGGACGCAGCCCGCGUCCCGAUUCUCACUCAAUACGACAUCCUAUUUUUGUCGGCCCCGUUUCCGCAUUGUACAUAUCUGCAACCAGUCGAUCGUUGUUGGCUCCCAUCAAAUACCCACGUCGUUCUUCUCGUGAACAUAUGGAACGCAGCAGCCCAUAAUGGCUUCACAAACAUCCUCCUCCCCCAUCCCGCCCGCGCAGACCACUCAGGGCAGCUCUAGCAGUGGGCCCACCAGCUCUCCAUUACUCUUUUUUGUCGCUCUGGGUUUUGGUGUUGUCUUCACGAAUCUUUGGAUCAUCGUCGGCGUCAAAUACUGCUUCCGAUACAACCAACGCAACCGCGCCGCCCGGGCUGCUGCAGAUGGCGAGCCCAUCGACCUCGCAACCAUGCCGCGGCCGCAUAGGAGGAGGAGGGAGAAGAAGCUGAUGUCCAUGGACGAAGUCAACGAUCGCUUUCCUCUCACCAAGUACAAAGCAUGGAAGGCAAGUCGGGAAGAUGAAGGCCUACCGGCCGCUGGCGGUAUCAAUACUGCGCCCCAGAGCAGAGCCGCAAGCUUGAAGGACGUUGAUGGUGUCAUCGGGGCAUCUGGAGACGCGCGCACAUCUGUAGAGUCUCCUCGGCCAGCCACCACCCUCUCCAUAGCCCGAGACGAUCACGCAGUUGCGAAAACUUCACCACAACCGCCAAAUUCACCGAAGAAAUCCUCGUCAACACCCGAGACUUCCUCGAAGAAGGAGAGCGAGAAGACCAUCGAACUUACUCACAUAGAGACUGCGACGAGUCAUUAUCCACCCGGCAAAGAGCCUGCCAAUGCACACGACCACGACGCAGAUGACUCCGACGAUGACGACCCGAUACGUACCGCCGCCGCUCCUGAGAUGCUUGCGGAACCAGGCGACACAUGCGCCAUCUGCCUGGAUACGUUGGAGGACGACGAUGAUGUGCGCGGACUGACUUGUGGUCACGCUUUCCAUGCUAGCUGUGUUGACCCGUGGCUGACCAGCCGCCGCGCCAGCUGCCCUCUUUGCAAGGCUGACUACUAUGUACCCAAGCCGCGGCCAGAGGGAGACACUGGUGAUCAACCAGCUUCCAGUCGCCGCCCAACCGUGACAGGUCUUCGAUCGCCCACAUCUCCCCAGGCUACUUGGGCUGGUGCUCGAGGGAACCCAUUCACUCGGUCCCGUGUCGUCUUCAUCUCUAACCCUCGCCGUGCCACGGCCAACAAUGGCAAUCAGCAGGAGUUAUCCUAUGGAUUGGGGAGCGUCUUGUCUCGUCCUGAUCGACACGAUCGUAUUGCUGAGACACAGCCGGUACAGAAUCAGCCAAAUGAGAACCCGACUUGGCGUACUCGACUCCACGCAGCGAGGACUGCCAACCGCCCGACACUACCCAACUGGUUCGGACGGAAUCGUAGCAACGGUGCGACUGACAACAACCCCGCUCAAGCUACCCCUGCCCAGCUUGAAGCCGGCAAUCGGUAGUACAAGCUGUACCUCAACAGCAUCCUGGAUAUAUCCUCGAAGACCUUCCACAUCCAAUGCAAACUGUCUUCAUACAUCUAAUUGCGAGCUGGUCUGAUCUCCAAUACCUUUAUGCCCCCUCACGAACC